AUGACCGCUAAUCAGCCAGAUACUGGAACAAACAUUCGUUUUGAUGAUGAUACUUCAACAUCUUCUAAGCAAACUAAUAAUAUAACAGAAAAAUCAAAGUCUCGGAUUGAUUCAAGUGCCAGUUCAUUACAAACUAAUGAAUUUCAACCACAUAGAUUACCAAUUGAACAGGUUGCUAAUCACUUUAAAGUAAACGUUGAUAAUGGGUUCAGUACGGGAGAAGCUGACCAAUCAAGAUCAACCCACGGUUCCAAUACCUUGGGAGAAGAUGAAAAAAUCUCUUAUAGUAAGAUCUUGGCCCAUCAAGUCUUCAACGCCAUGAUUUUGGUUUUGAUCAUUUCAAUGGUUAUUGCCUUGGCUAUUAAAGAUUGGAUCUCCGGUGGGGUCAUUGGGUUUGUCGUUGGGUUAAACAUCUUUGUUGGUUUUAUUCAAGAAUUUAAAGCUGAAAAAACCAUGGGGUCUUUACGUUCUUUGAGUUCUCCUACCGCUAGAGUCACUAGAAAUGGUGACGAUGUUAGUUUACCCGCGGAAGAAUUGGUUCCUGGUGAUAUUGUUCAUAUCAAGGUUGGGGAUACUAUCCCAGCAGAUUUAAGAUUAACUGAUUCAAUGAAUUUGGAAACCGAUGAAGCCCUUUUAACCGGGGAAUCGUUACCAAUUGCUAAAAACCACGAAGAAGUUUACUCGGAUUUCUCCACUCCAAUCCCAGUUGGGGAUCGUUUGAAUAUGGUUUUCUCCCUGUCGGUGGUUUCUAAAGGUCGUGGUACUGGUAUAGCUGUUUCCACCGGGUUAAACACUGAGAUUGGGAAAAUUGCUCAAAGUCUUCGUUCUGGUAGUGGGAUCAUUCGUAAAGUUGACAAAUCAAAUGGUAAACCUAGAAAAAGAGACUACUCAAGAGCCUUUUUUGGAACUUGGAAAGACAUCUGUGGCAAUAUCUUGGGUAUUAGCGUGGGGACUCCUUUACAAAGAAAAUUAUCUUGGUUAGCCAUUUUCUUAUUUUGGAUUGCCGUGAUUUUUGCAAUCAUUGUUAUGGGGUCUCAAAAAAUGAGAGUUAAUAAAGAAGUUGCAAUUUAUGCUAUUUGUGUGGCUCUUUCCAUGAUUCCCAGUGCUUUGAUUGUGGUUUUAACCAUUACUAUGGCAGUUGGGGCCCAAGUUAUGGUGAUGAAGAAUGUUAUUGUUCGUAAAUUGGAUUCUUUGGAAGCUUUGGGUGGUAUUAAUGAUAUUUGUUCUGAUAAAACUGGUACUUUAACCCAAGGUAAAAUGGUUGCUAAAAAACUUUGGAUUCCAACCGUUGGGACUUAUGAUAUUGAAGAUACAAAUGAACCUUUCAAUCCAACUUUAGCUGAAUUAUCGUUCUCUCCAAAUAGUCCUUAUUUCAUUAAAAAUUCCGAUGAAGAAUUUGAUUUUAUUCAAAUUGAUAAAUCAAAUCAUGAAAAAUUCCCAAAAAAUUUUACUUCCUGGUUGAAAACUGCUACUUUGGCCAACAUUGCUACUAUUAAUCAAUCUAAAGAUGAUGAUUCGGGUGAAUUGGUUUGGAAAGCUCAUGGUGAUCCAACCGAAAUUGCUAUUCAAGUUUUAACUAGUAGAGUUGGCUUUAAUCGUGAAUCAUUUUUAGAUAAUAAUUCGGAAUAUGUUCAUUUGGCUGAGUUCCCCUUCGAUUCAAGUAUUAAAAGAAUGUCUGCUGUUUAUAAAGAUUCUGAAAAAUCUCAAGUUUAUGCUAAAGGUGCCGUUGAAAGAGUUUUAGCUAGUUGUACUACUUGGUACGGUAACGAAGAAGAAUUAACUGAUUCAAAUGACUUAAUUGAAUUAAGUGAAGAAGACGUUAAACAAAUUGAAAAUAAUAUGGAUUCUCUUUCUCUGCAAGGUUUAAGAGUUUUGGCUUUUGCUACUAAAACUUUACCAAGUGAUAUCUCUGAUGAAGAUUUGAAAAAUCGUGAUUAUAUUGAAAGUGAAUUAACUUUCCAAGGUUUAAUUGGUAUUUAUGAUCCUCCAAGAAAAGAAACUGCCGGCUCAGUUAAAUUAUGUCAUAAAGCAGGUAUAAAUGUUCAUAUGUUAACUGGUGACCAUCCUGCUACUGCUAAAGCAAUUGCUCAAGAAGUCGGGAUUUUACCUCAUAAUUUAUAUCACUAUUCUGAAGAUGUUGUUCAAGCUAUGGUUAUGACUGCUAAUGAGUUUGAUGGUUUAACUGAUCAAGAAAUUGAUGAUUUACCAGUUUUACCUUUAGUUAUUGCUCGUUGUGCUCCUCAAACUAAAGUUAGAAUGAUUGAUGCUUUACAUCGUCGUAAAAAAUUUUGUGCAAUGACUGGUGAUGGGGUUAAUGACUCUCCUUCUUUGAAAAAAGCUGAUGUUGGUAUUGCAAUGGGUCUUAAUGGUUCAGAUGUUGCUAAAGAUGCAAGUGAUAUUGUUUUAACUGAUGAUAAUUUCGCAUCUAUUUUAAAUGCAAUUGAAGAAGGUAGAAGAAUGUCUGCAAAUAUUCAAAAAUUCGUUUUACAAUUAUUAGCAGAAAAUGUUGCUCAAGCUUUUUAUUUAAUGAUUGGUUUAGCUUUUAUUGAUGAAACUGGAUUUUCAGUUUUCCCUCUUUCUCCAGUUGAAGUUUUAUGGAUUUUAGUUGUUACUUCAUGUUUCCCAGCAAUGGGGUUAGGUAGAGAAAAGGGACAUGAUUUAUUAUCAAGACCUCCAAAUAAUAGUAUUUUCACAAAGGAAGUUAUUACUGAUAUGAUUGUUUAUGGUUUCUGGAUGGCCUGCUCAUGUUUAUUAUGUUUUGUUGUUAUUGUUUUUGGUAAAGGUAAUGGUGAUUUAGGUGUUGAUUGUAAUGCAAAUAAUGCCGAUACUGAAAUUUGUGAUUUAGUUUUCAGAGGUAGAUCAGCAUCGUUUGCUAAUAUGACUUGGUGUGCAUUGAUAUUGGCAUGGGAAUGUAUUCAUCCAUGGAAUUCAUUAUUCUAUAUGAGACAAGACACUGAUAAUCCAUGGUGGAAACAAACUGCACUUGAUUUAUGGGACAAUCAAUUUUUAUUUUGGUCAGUUAUUGGUGGGUUUGUCACUGUUUUCCCAGUUGUUUAUAUUCCAGUUAUUAACGAUAAAGUAUUCCUUCAUAAAGGUAUUGGAUAUGAAUGGGGGGUUGCAUUUGCAUGCUCUAUAAUGUUUUUAUUAGGAGCAGAAUGUUGGAAAUGGAUUAAGAGAGUCUAUAAACGUCGUUAUAAGGAAAAUGUUAAAAAUCCUGAAUACGAUUUAGAAAGAACUGAUCCAUUCAAGAAAUACGCUUCAUUUUCUAGAUCUAAUACCAUUGAUCCAGAAAUGAUCAAAUAA